AAUUUUUAUUUUUCCUAGUGAGAAUCGUUUAAGUGAAGCCAUUAUUCGUCGUUGUUAUAGAUGCUCAGUUCCUUUUGUUAAAUUGGCAGGAUGUAACCAAAUGAGUUGUCGUUGUGGUGCUGUUCAGUGUUAUUUAUGUCGAGCAAAGGAUAUUAAUUACAGCCAUUUUUGCCAGCAUUUUCGAAAUCCCAAACUUACUGGGUGUAGCCAAUGUAAAAAAACGUGUCUUUUGUGGCACCCUGAAGAUUAUGUUGAUUCAAUUGCUUUAAAUGAAUUGAGGAAAGAGGCUGAAGAGGAAGGAGUUGAAUUGUGUUUAAAAAAAUUUCGUUUAAGUGAAGCCAUUAUUCGUCGUUGUUAUAGAUGCUCGUCGUUGUUAUAG